AUGGCGAGAAGAUCCCUCAAAGCCAGGCCGACGCUGGUGCUCAUCAGCCUUCUUCUAAUGGCAGACCUGGCAAUCGUCGGCUAUGGCCGAAGAGUUGCAGAACUGGAUGUCUUAGCAGUCGGCGACAGCGGAGGCGGUGACCGUGGCUCGCCGCCGCGCAAAGGCUGCUGCUUGUCCAACCAGGCAUCUUCUUCAGCGUCAGGGCGACACCUUGGUGAUUGCUGCAAGCACAUGCAUGUUGUGUCCAAGAGUCUUUUCAGUGGAUUUUCUCAGAUGAUCCUGUGCUAUGGUAUGACCAUUGAAAUUGUAAGAUGGGAAUCACAUCUAGUGGUCAAUUGCAGUGCAACCCCUCUCUGCAAGUGA